CAGCUUGGAGCAGUCUAGGGCUAGAGGAGGAAACAGGCCCAGAGAAGAGAAGUAAUUUGCCAGAGGUCAUUGAACUAGACAGUGGUAAAGGCAGUGUUUGAAUCCAGAAGUACUCCCAGUUGGGCAGCUACCUCCCACCUCCUUCAGGAUAAUGAAGCUCUCUGGAUUUCCUCUCUGUCUUCUGUGUGCAACCCUUUUUCUGUGGUUAGCACAUGCCGGGUCUCUCAAGAGGUGUCAGAUCUCCAUGGAUAUGCAUCACAUAGAAAAGAGCUUCCACAGGAUAAAAAAUACAAUUCAAAUGAAGGAUGUCUUUCAGAAUGUCACCAUCCUGUCUGCAUCUGAGACCCUGUACAACAUCACGCCUUCAGAUGUGUGCUGCAUGACCAAAGACGUCCUAGGGUUAUAUGUGGACAAGGUCUUCAGGAAUCACGAGGAGUCAGACCCCAGAAUCCAGAGGGGUCUCAGUACCAUUGCCAAUUCUUUCCUCCACAUUCGGAAUGCCCUGGAGCAGUGCAAGAAUCAGAGGAACUGUGACUGUCAAAAAGAAGCCACCGAGAAGUUUCAAAUCAUUGUUGGAAACUAUGAGCAGAUGGAGGUCAAAGCUGCAGCAAUUAAGGCUCUGGGAGAACUAGAUAUUUUACUAUCCUGGAUCAGCCGGAACUACCGACCUAAGGCUACUACUAAGUGAGGCCGAACGACAAUUUUCUACCCUUGGAAGCAAAGCUGAAUAUUGGGGGCCUACGGAGUAUGGUGACCACACUCUCUAAAAAACAAAAAUCAGGACACGUGGGUUGCAAAGGAAUAACCCUUUGGCAACGUCUCAUUAAAAAAUCUACUUGUUUUUCUUGAAAUUGGGAAAAAGCUGAAAAAUUCAGGACAUGUGGUCAAUGUACCAGUGAUGAUUAGGCCAAAUUUAGGUGGGGAGGGAGAGAUGGGUGUGAGGGGAGGAAAUGAUGGGAAGGGUAUUAAGUCUACACAGAAUAUUUAAUCAGGGCAAUAUAGAAUGAUUUAUUUUUGUCUUCACUGAAGAAGUUUAUGGGGAGGUGCUGUUUUGGAUAGGGGCAAGCAAGAACCCUGGCCACGACACGGAAUUCCAUUGGCUGGUGUCAGGCUUUCCAGUCGCACUUGGAAGAUGUCUUUCCCUUAAAGUUGCCAAAGAGUUUCCUGCUCUAUUUAUGCCUUUGGAUGUUGAAAAAUUCCGUUUUGUCCCUUGUCAUGUCUGUGGGAUGGGAAGGUCCUGGCUUCUCUCUAAUUUAUUGUGACGUUGUUUGCCCCAUGUCUGUGAUGUCAGCUGGGCGAUAUCUGGGUAGUACAUAUUGUACAAAGUGUUUAUUGCUUAAAUAAACUCAG